UUCCUGGCAGCUUUGGUCACCCAAAUGGAUGCGGCCAAGCAACCUCCUGCCGUCAGGCAGAGGUACAUCCACUUCCUGAACCAGCAUCGGGACAACUCCAACGCAAACACCGGAGGAAAGUACUGCGACAAACUGAUGGCGAYACGAGGGUUGACCAGGCCCAACUGCAAGAACACGAACAGCUUCAUCCACGCCACUGAUUCGGCCAUCAAAGAUGUGUGUGGAAAUAAAGGGGAGCCCUACGGGAACCUGCGCCUGAGCUGUGACUCCUUCCGCGUCACCACCUGCAAGCUCAGAGGUGGUUCCAACCGCCCGCCCUGCAAAUACACGCAUGACAACCGGCCCCGCCAUAUUGUCAUCGCUUGCGACCAAGGCUAUCCUGUCCACUACGACGAAGGCAAGGUCAUUGUCAACCGAGGCCGGAAGUGUAGGAGGAGAUAAAGCGGGCAGCGUUCCUCUCCUGCUGUCUCCAUUUCUCCUGCAGCUUCUUUUGCCAUUGUAGCUUUCACAAUAUGUAGAAGACUAGGCAUGCAUUCUCACCCUUCUCUAACCCUCCCCAGCUCUGACUCCUCCAUUAAAGUGUGCCAACUUGUACACCCGAGAAACAAAUAUAUCUUGCUUUGAAGCAUUGCAAA